UCUGGCCUCCCCUUAAAGAAACAGAAAAGCCAAUGGCAAUCAUAGUAAAACAAUAAAGCAGCAAAGCUAAUGGAAGUGGGUGGUGUGGUGGUCCUCCCCUUAUUAAAUGUCACCUUGCCCUCCAUUUCUAUUCAAAAUUCAAACUCAACCCAGCUCCCAGAUCCCUAGCCUCCCUUUUCCUUCCUACUUCUCCUCUUUUCUCUAAUUGCUCCACUUAACAUUUUUUAACAGAGAAGGUUAUAGUUGAGGAAGAGACGCAGCCGAGAAGCUUGUGUCAAUGGAAGUGGACAGAGAAGAGAGAAGGGUAAUUUGGUAAUUGAGAGCAGAGGGUGAGUGAAGCAAAGAAAAUGAGCACAGCUAGAUUCAUCAAGUGUGUCACUGUUGGAGAUGGAGCUGUUGGGAAGACAUGCAUGCUAAUCUCUUACACCAGCAAUACCUUCCCCACUGAUUAUGUGCCUACAGUGUUCGACAACUUUAGCGCUAAUGUGGUGGUGGAUGGCAGCACAGUUAACCUUGGAUUAUGGGACACUGCAGGACAGGAAGAUUACAACAGGCUGAGGCCUCUGAGCUAUAGAGGUGCUGAUGUGUUCUUGUUGGCCUUCUCUCUCAUCAGCAAAGCCAGCUACGAAAACAUUGCCAAGAAGUGGAUACCUGAGCUGAGGCAUUAUGCUCCAACAGUCCCCAUUGUUCUUGUGGGAACCAAACUUGAUUUGCGGGAGGACAAAGAGUAUUUGAUUGAUCAUCCUGGUGCUACACCAAUAUCAAUUGCACAGGGUGAAGAGCUGAAGAAGGCAAUUGGUGCUGCUGUUUAUAUAGAGUGUAGCUCCAAGACUCAGCAGAAUGUGAAGGCUGUGUUUGAUGCUGCCAUCAAAGUUGUUCUGCAACCCCCUAAACCAAAGAAAAGGCGAAGGAAGGCGAGGCAUUGUGUGUUUCUCUAAUUUUCAUGUUACUUUUCUCUCUUGUAACAGCCACAGUUCCUCUUCUAAGUCCUCAUACUCCUGGCAUUUGUUGUUUUUCAUUUUCUGCUUGUAUUUUCCCUUAUGUAAUAUUAUUGUGUUCCAUACUUCUUGUGGACUAUAAAGAAGGCAAAUAUGUUGUAAUAUCAGUGCUCAAACAAAGCAAGAUAGCACUGGACUGAGGCAGAUAGUGGUCUGUAUGCCCUAUAUACCAUACAUAAUUUUUUAAA